AUCAAAUUAUUCUCCGGUUAAUUCAGAUAUCACCAUCAACGCACAUACAUAUAAAUUGCCGAUCGGAUCGGAUCCAUGGCGGCCGGCGGCGGUGGCAGGAGGGCGUGGGUGGUGGACGUGGAGAAGACGCUAAACGAGGCCGACGCGUCGGUGGAGGUGUCGCGGUGGCAGCGCCACUGCAUCUACCGCGUGCCGGCGUGCAUCAAGGACCUCAACCCCAAGGCGUACCGGCCGCAGGUCGUGUCGCUGGGCCCCUUCCACCACGGCGACGCCGAGCUGCGGCCGAUGGAGGAGCACAAGCGCCGGGCGCUGCGUCACCUGCUGCGGCGGGCCAGGCAGCCCCUGGAGGAGUUCGCGGCCGCCGUGGAGGAGGUGGCGGAGCAGCUGGAGAGCGCGUACCUGGACCUCGGCGCCGAGUGGCGCGGCUCGGACGGCGGCAGGGAGAGGUUCCUGGAGAUGAUGAUCGUCGACGGGUGCUUCCUGCUGGAGGUGAUGAGGGCUGCCGGCCCUGGCCUGAAGCAGAACGUCGACUACGCGCCCAACGACCCCAUCUUCAGCAGCCACGGCGUGCUCUACAUGGUGCCCUACAUCCGCCGCGACAUGCUCAUGCUCGAGAACCAGCUGCCGCUGCUCCUGCUCGAGAGGCUCGUCGCCGUCGAGACCUCCAAACCUCCGAACGAUGACGUCAUCAACAGGACGGUGCUAAGGUUCCUGUCUCCGACGUCCCAUCUGCCGCCGGCCGGCGUCGGUCUGGGGCUCCACCCGCUCGACGUGUACCGCCGGAGCAUGCUCGGCACGUACCAGACGCGGCCUGGCUGGAACAACGAGCCGGAGACGGACAUCAUCCGGUCGGCGGUGGAGCUGUACGAGGCCGGGAUCCGGUUCAAGAAGAGCAACUCGGAUAGCCUCCACGACAUCCGCUUCCGGCACGGCGUGCUGAGCAUGCCGGCGGUGUCCGUCGACGACUCCACCGAGUACAUGCUCCUGAACAUGAUGGCGUUCGAGCGGCUGCACGUCGGCGCGGGCAACGACGUGACGGCGUACGUUUUCUUCAUGGACAACAUAAUCGACUCGGCCAAGGACGUGGCGCUGCUGAGCUCCAAGGGGAUCAUCCAGAAUGUCGUCGGCAGCGACAAGGCAGUGGCGAAGCUGUUCAACAGCAUCUCCAAGGACGUGGUGCUGGAGCCGGAGAGCCGGCUCGACGCCGUGCACCGGCAUGUGAACGCCUACUGCCGGAAGCCGUGGAACAUGUGGCGGGCCAACCUCAUCCACACCUACUUCCAGAGCCCCUGGGCGUUCCUCUCCCUCGCCGCCGCCGUCUUCCUCCUCGUCAUGACCAUCAUGCAGACCGUCUAUACCGUGCUGCAAUUCUACCAGCAGGGGAACGGCAGUGACAGCUCGUCGGCGGCGCCAGCUCCAAUGUGAUCUUUGCAGCGCAGAUUUUGUGUUCGUCUGCAUGCGCGCCGGCACCAUGUACAUUGGUGACCUGUUUGAGUUGGUUUUGCCCUUUCUUAAGGUGUGGUGUGUUCAAUGUU